AUGGUGGGAAAGUUAAACUUCUUGACCAAUAUUAGAUUGGACAUAACUUUCAGUGUCCAGCACCUCGGUCAGUUCCUUCAAUUCCCUAGAGAACCACAUCUUAAAGUUGCUUACCAUGUCCUGAGGUACCUCAUGGAUGACCCUUGUUUGGAGAUUUUCUUGUCUAAUAGCAGUGACUGCACUAUCACUACCUAUUGUGACUCAGAUUGGGCUGCAUGCCCUGAUUCUAGAAGAUUAGUGAGUGGUUAUAUUGUAUUGAUGGGGGACAACCCCAUUUGUUGGAAAUCCAAGAAACAAGCAACCAUCUCCUUUUCCUCGGCAGAAGCAGAUCAAGCAAAUGUUCACAUCGCAAAGAAUCUUGUGUUCUAUGAAAGGACUAAACACAUAGAUGUGGAUUGCCACUUCGUUAGAGAAAAGUUACAUGAAGGCCCUUAUUGUGCUCCACCAUAUCCCAACUGA